GAGACACUAGAAAAGAAGUGGGAAUGGAAUUUUGAAAAACGAAAGAGCGCGUCUAUGCAACAACUGAGAUCCAAAAAACUACCCGUUGCAGAAAAUUUCCCCCUAUUUCAUACCCUUCUUCACUCUCUUCUUCUCCAAUUUCAUUUCUGAAUCUCACAAUUCGCAAUGGAAAAGUACGAAAAACUCGAAAAAGUUGGAGAAGGAACCUAUGGAAAAGUAUACAAAGCAAAAGAAAUCUCCACGGGCCAAAUCGUCGCACUCAAAAAAACCCGUCUCGAAAUGGACGAAGAAGGUGUUCCUCCAACCGCACUUCGCGAAGUUUCUCUUCUUCAAAUGCUCUCUCAAUCUCUCUACAUCGUUCGUCUUCUAAACGUCGAACACAUCGACAAACCCCCCAAAAACGCUACCCACACCCCCGCAAAACCACUUCUCUAUCUUGUCUUCGAGUAUCUGGACACCGAUCUGAAGAAAUUCAUUGAUACUUUUCGAAAAGGUGUUAACCCUAGACCGUUACCGAACACGCUGGUUCAGAGUUUUUUGUUUCAGUUGUGUAAAGGUGUUGCUCAUUGUCAUAGUCAUGGUGUGUUGCAUCGUGAUUUAAAACCGCAGAAUUUGUUGCUGGAUCAAGCGAAAGGGAUUUUGAAGAUUGCUGAUUUAGGGCUUGGAAGAGCUUUUACUGUGCCGUUGAAAAGUUAUACUCAUGAGAUUGUUACUCUUUGGUAUAGAGCUCCUGAGGUUUUGCUUGGUUCUUCUACUUACUCUACUAGUGUUGAUAUUUGGUCUGUUGGAUGUAUCUUUGCUGAAAUGGUGAGAAGACAGGCUUUGUUUCCAGGGGAUUCUGAAUUCCAGCAGCUUCUGAACAUAUUCAAGCUUUUGGGGACUCCAACGGAUCAGCAAUGGCCAGGAGUUAGCUCUCUGCGUGAUUGGCAUGUCUACCCAAGGUGGGAGCCUCAGAACUUGGCAAGGGCUGUUCCCUCAUUGUCACCUGAUGGAGUUGACCUUCUCACAAAAAUGCUCAAGUACAAUCCUGCUGAGAGAAUAUCUGCCAAAGCAGCACUUGAUCAUCCAUACUUUGACAGUCUUGACAAGUCUCAAUAUUAAUGAUGGCUCUAGCCAAAAUGUCUGGUGCAGAAGUGUGUGUUAAGCAACAUUGUAUUGCAGUCAGUGAAAAUAAAUUCACUACAUGGAGUUUAAGUAUCUAUAAAGUGGUUAUUAUACUGUUAUGUAAUAUUUUCUCAUCAUCUUGGUGAUGCAAACAAUUUACUCUCGGUUUAGUUCAUGGUUGUCAUGUCUCUCUCUGUAGGACCAUAGAACAACUUUAUUUACCUUUUAAAGUUGUAUUAUCUGUUUUGAUUGAAACUUGAAAGUGAUAGUUCGUGAGGAUGCUGCUAUUACUUUAAUCAAUGCAUAACAUUUCAGUUUUAGACCGGCAUUUAA